GACAAAAUUGUUCUUCUCAACCGACAACCUCUUUCUCUCUCUCUCUUUCUCUUUGCUUUAUAUACACCAAAUUCAUGCCAAGCUCCUCCAUAUCUAUUCUCACUUUCCAUGCAAUUUCUUCUUCUUCUAAACGAGUAGACAGACACCUCCAGCUUUGCUUAUAUAUUCUUUCAUCAUUUGGGUUCUUCUUCUUCAAAAGAUUUUAAUAUUUCUCCGACAACACACCUCUGAGAGGAUAAGGAACAGGAGUUUGGUCUUGGGUUUUGCUUCAAUUUCUGUUACAACAUGAAGAAGACUAGCUCGACUUCGGCGGCGUCUAUGGAUUAUUCUCCUUCAUGGGUCGACACUUCUUUGGAUCUUAAUAUUAAUCCUCGACGUCCUAACGAUCAUGCUCUUGUACAAGAAAGAUUAGGCUUGGCCAAUUUUAUGGAGUUUGGGAAGAAGAUCUCAGUCAAAGAAGAGACUGGAGCUUUGGUGGAGGAAUUGAACCGAGUGAGCGCAGAAAACAAGAAGCUGACAGAAAUGUUAACCGUGAUGUGUGAAAAUUAUAAUGCUUUGAAAAGCCAGUUAAUGGAUUACAUGAACAAGAAUCAAGACAAGGAACUUAGCCCAUCAAGAAAAAGGAAAUCCGAGAGCAGCAACAACAACAAUAAUGAUAAUACAAUUGUAAUGAAUGGGAAUUCUGAGAGCAGCUCAACUGAUGAAGAAUCAUGCAAGAAACCAAGGGAACAAGUAAUCAAAGCAAAGAUUUCCAGAACUUAUGUUAGAACAGAAGCAAAUGAUACAAGCUUAGUUGUCAAAGAUGGAUAUCAAUGGAGGAAAUAUGGCCAAAAGGUCACAAGAGAUAAUCCUUCUCCAAGAGCCUACUUCAAAUGCUCUUUUGCUCCUAGCUGCCCUGUCAAGAAGAAGGUUCAAAGAAGCAUUGAAGAUCAAUCUGUGCUAGUAGCAACUUAUGAAGGAGAGCACAAUCAUCCACAUCCCUCACAAAUGGAGGCAACAUCAGCUGCAACUCGUAGUUUGAACCUUGGUUCAGUACCCUGCUCAGCCACACUUGGCUCUUCUGGGCCAACCAUCACUCUUGAUCUCACAAAAUCUAACAAGUCCAACAAUGAACCCAGAAGCUCAAAAUCAAGAGUAGAGACUCCGGAGGCCCAGCAGUUGUUGGUGGAACAGAUGGCUUCUUCCUUGACAAAAGAUCCCAAUUUCACAGCAGCACUAGCAGCAGCUAUUUCUGGAAGAAUGUUGCAGAAGAAUCACACAGAAAAGUGGUGAUUUGAUUGUUAGUAUCUAUUUUAGAUGAUAAUCAUUUUGAGUUUAAUCAAAUCUUGUGAGCUCCAAUUAGAUCCCAUUUUGAAGUUUGCAUCUGCAAUGUAUUUGUAAAUACAACAUCAAACAAGGAAAAGGAGAAAAAGGGAGAGGAUGGAUUUUCAGAAUUUUGCUUUCA